UGUCAUAUGGGGCUGGCACGCUGUCACUUGGGGCUGGCACGCUGUCACAUGGGGCUGGCACGCUGUCACAUGGGGCUGGCACGCUGUCACAUGGGGCUGGCACGCUGUCACAUGGGGCUGGCACGCUGUCACAUGGGGCUGGCACGCUGUCACAUGGGGCUGGCACGCUGUCACAUGGGGCUGGCACGCUAUCACAUGGGGCUGGCACGCUGUCACAGUACGACUGCUGCCCAACGAGCCGUG